AUGAAAAAGGGUAGAUCUUCAAGGAAAACAUCGGUUACGCCGAGAAAAAGUGCACUGAAAUCAAAUUCUAAGGCUAGCAAAAAAUCUCUGACAAAAAAUGAAGGUCCUCAAAUAUCGUACAAGGAGUCCCACGCAAUCGGUAGGCGAAGAUCCACUAACGUGCCUACGUAUUGUGAAAGUGGACGCCUUUACUACGACUUAUAUGUAAAAUUUGGACUUGACAGUUCUCUUUUGCGUCCAGGAAACCUGUCACACCGAGAUGCUAUUGACAGUAGCGGCCCUCUGUCUGAAAUUGCUCACUCCUCGACAGUGGCCUGUAAUGGUGAGCCAAGUGGACGCCCAUACAUGAACAAGGGUAGCCUUGAGAAACAUACAAAAAAACCUUCAAGCCUUGAGAAACAUACAAAAAAACCUUCAAAACGGUCCGAUAACGUUGCUCCCCACCUGGAACAAACCACUUUGAAUGUUCGCCGUGAGGCAAGUCUAAAUGCUGCUGCAAAAGUAAACAUGCUCUUUGAAUCUGCGAAAGACAAUAGGCUGAAAAGAAAAUCCCUACCAGCAAUUUCAUUUGGCGAAGAGGUCCAAUCAAGAGUGUCCCCGGUUGAUGAAAGCCAAGUUAUUUUGCCACCAAAAAAGCGAACUUCAAACUCUCAUCACGGUAGGAUUUCGGAUCCAGGACCUACCAACUCUCCUCCAACGAAGCGUGUUGCAGGGCUUAAUGCUAUGGCUAUAAUCAGUGCAUUUAUGAAGUCUCCUAAGUCAACACCAUCUCUAGUGAAAUCCCGUCAGAAGCGCACCCCAACUGCCAAGUCGACGUCACCUAGCCUAGGCAGUGCGACAGUAUCGGAAAAAGUGGAUCACUUGAUAAUCCCAACCCAGCCAAAGGACACUGUGGUGGAAUCAGUAACUUCGACAUCGUUGGACACGUCAUGCUCUCUCGCAGCUUUACCAACUCUAGCUCCUACAUCAGAAUCCGCUGCGGAGGCUGUCAUACCUACAGUGGAGCGCUUUCAAUCACAAAAGGUGAUCUCUUAUGGGCCAAAGUGUAUUGGUGUCGAAAACGUUUCUCGGCAAAUAUUUCAUGUUCCGCCGCAAACUCAGAGCUCGAUAGAUCCUCCUCCAACCUCAGGUCAAAUGUGUCACCACAUUUUAGCCCCAUCGUAUACAUCAACUCCUCGUCACGCCUCCCCGUGUCCAUCGACUUCAAGUGGGCUAGUGCACCCAAACAACUCAGCUGUUGUUCUUCCCCAAACCUGUUUAAAUUCUCCCCCACGAACAAACAUACUUUCUGCUGACUUCCAUAACUUCUUGCCCUGUCACCUUUAUCUACAUGCCUUUAGUCACCCGCCUACCCUCCAACCUCACGCGUUCUUCAUGUCUCCAACACUUUUUCACCCGCUUACCGCAUCGCCAUUCCACUUUUUACAUGCUCCACCGUUCGGAGCAGCGUAUGUGCAUCACUUGACUCAUCAAAUGCCUGCCAAUUACAUGCUUCCCAUGUCCGUAUCACCAGUUUUUAAUACCUUUUCCCAUGGUAAUUUUGGUGGCUGUGUGACUCCACGAGCCGUUAUUUCAGCACAGCCAGUCCACCCGUCCUUGAUGAUUGAACAAACGGAUUCUCAAGCAUCAUGUACGCUUGCUCGAGAUCAACCAGGACGUGUUGACAGGGCAGUUUCACCAAUCCCCGAACUUAUCACAGAAGAUCUUCCGAGUCCUGUUGUCACUUCACAAAUGAAGAAAACGCCCAUAAAACGUGUUUCAGCGGAGAAGACGCAAGCCCCGUGCUUAUGGACCUGGGAGGGCAAACCUCAUCAGAGGUUGGUUUUUAUAAAGCCAGAUUCCCCGCCAGUAAUGCGACUGUGCUACCCGUCAAUGCGGCACCAAAAGGACGGCAUGGUAGUCUGCCCUGGAGAUAACGUUUUGCUCUGUAGCGGGCCUGAUCGCCACAGCGCGCCCCAUGUUGCUAAAGUUACGGCUCUUUUCACCAGCCCCGAAACCGGAACGAAGAUGAUGGCCUUGCUGUGGUACUACCGCCCCGAGAGCUUAACUCCUCCUCGCAGAAACGGUGUCAUUGAGUGCGAGUUGUUUGCCAGUCGUCAUUGCGACGUGAAUCCAGUUGAUUGUAUCGACGAUCGAGCCUACGUUCUUUCCUCGUCUCCAUACGCACGAUUUAUGGCACUUGCCAAGUAUAAACAGGAGGCUCGCGUUCAUCGUCGACCGGCAGCUGUAGUUCCACAGAGUCCGUCAAAGUCGCCUCAUGGUUCUACGAGCCUUUCGAACACCAACUGUGAUUAUUCCGAGUUUCCUGAAGACGCGAGCUCGUCUAACGUAUUUCUCUGUCGUGCUUGGUAUGACUUUCGUUCUCGUCGAGUAGUGAGACAUUUAAAUUCUUCCGCCAGUAAGCAACUCCAGCCAGCGAAUAAUGCUGUUUUCGCUGGCACCGCCUCUUCAACAGUCCACACUGCCGCCUCUCGCUGCCGAUCUCCUUCCCCCAUCAUGCCCCCUCCUCCCACCCAAGAGAUCCCUUUAGAGGGGGAGGAUUGUGACAGCAGCGUUCUAACUUCUCCGAUAUCCAACGGCAGACCUGUUCUCGAUACAACUGCUGAUCUCUCUGUCAAUUGGGGCGAUCAUGGAGAGCAAAUCGCACUAGCCUUAGGAGGGCCACAGUCGCCUAUCAAUACGAACACAAGUACCACCCAAACACCUCAUGUGUUUUUGUCCACUUCGACCUCUUGA